AGAGCGCGCGUGCGGGAGAGUGAGAGUGCGCGGGAGAGGAAGAGUGCACAUGUGCGGGAGAGGCUCAACAGAGAAAUAAACCACAACCACAAGACACAAUAAUGGCAACUACCAAGCUCCCACACGAUCAUUAGCGAAGCACCUGUGAGAGCAGCAAGGUGCGCGCGAGAUUAACAGAUCAGCAUCAGAUCUGCAUCUCACUGAUCUUGGCUAAACUACCUUCACGACACCCACAAUUCUUAUCUGUGUACGUGAGGACGUGAAUGCAAAGCUUCUUUGUCGCAGGCUCAUGCAUGUUUCAACAGUGCACACCGCAAAACCAUUCCGAUUUUUGUUUAUUGUAUGUUAACGAGUGGGGUCGGGAGGUAAAACCAAGGAUAUGUUAUCUGUGUGGCGUGCCAGGGUCCAUGAACUAUUCCUAAGUGUGAUCUGUGAACCAUCUGUGAGAUAAAUCAGGUCUUCUCUCCUGAAGCUCGAUUCUCUCACAAUAGCAAAACCACUCAUGGUCACCAGAUGUCUUCAGUAUUUUUCAACAGCGUAAGCCUUUCAUUUUAACUGCUUCCUUACAAGGCAGACCAUAUAAAUUUGCCAAAUGUGGAAAGCGUUUCACAAUGUCAAAGAAACUACAGAGACAACAGCGAUCAAGCAGGGGAGAGAGACCAUAUAAAUGUACCAAAUGUGGAAAGAGUUUCAGAAUAUCGAGGAACUUCCAGAUUCACCAGCGAUCACACACAGGAGAGAAACGGUAUAAAUGUACUGAGCAGGGAGAGAAUUUAAAAUAUUCAGGGAACCUCCAGAGACUCCAGCGAUCACUCAAAGGAGAGAGACCGCAUAAAUGUACUGAAUGUGGAAAGAGUUUCAAACGUUCAGGGGACCUCCAUAUUCACCAGCGAUCACACACAGGAGAGAGACCGUAUAAAUGUGUUCUAUGUGGAAGGAGUUUCACAACGUCAGGGCAUCUCAAGGUUCACCAGCGAUCACACACAGGAGAGAGACCAUACAAAUGUGCUGAAUGUGGGAAGAGUUUCACUCAGUGUGGGGAGCUCAAAGUUCACCAGCGAUCACACACAGGUGAGAGACCAUAUAAAUGUGCCGAAUGUGGAAAGAGUUUCACAUGUUCAGGGAACCUCAAGGCACACCAGCGAUCACACACAGGAGAGAGGCCUUAUAAAUGUACUGAAUGUGGAAAGAAUUUCUCACAGUUAGGACACCUCCAAAGUCAUCAGCGAUCACACAGAGGAGAGAGACCGUAUAAUUGUGCUGAAAGUGGAAAAAGUUUUACAUGUCUAGGACAUCUACAGAUUCACCAGCCAUCACACAAAAUAGAGAGACCGUAUAAAUGUGAUGAAUGUGGAAGGAGUUUCACAAUGCCAUGGAAUCUCCAGAGACACCAGCGAUCACAUAUAGGAGAUAAACCAUAUAAAUGUGCUGAAUGUGGAAACAGAUUCACAACAUCAGUGGAAUUCAAAGUACACCAGCGAUCACAUACAGAAGAGAGACCGUAUGAAUGUGCCGAAUGUGGAAAGAGUUUUAUUCAAUUAGGGGAGCUCAAGGUUCAUCAACGAUCGCACACAGGAGACAGGUUUUAUAAAUGUGCCAAAUACAGAAGGAGUUUCACAAUGUCCAGGGACCUGAAGGUUCAGCGAUUACAUGCAGGAGAGAAACUGUAUAAAUGUACUGAAUGUGGAAAGAAUUUCAAAGGUUCAGGGGACCUCAAGGUACACCAGCGAUUACACACAGGAGAGAAACCAUAUAAAUGUAUUGAAUGUAGAAAGCAUUUCACAACGGCAGGAGAGCUCAAGAUCCACCAGCGAUCACACAAAGGGGACAGACCGUAUAAAUGUGCCGAGUGUGGUAAGAGUUUCAAACGUUCAGGGGACCUCCAUAUUCACCAGCGAUUACACACAGGAGAGAGACCAUAUAAAUGCGCCAAAUGUGGAAGGAGUUUCACAACCUCAGGACACCUCAAGGUACACCAGCGAUCACACACAGGAGAGAGGCCGUAUAAAUGUGCCGAAUGUGGAAAGAGUUUUACUCAGUGUGGGGAGCUCAAGGUUCACCAGCGAUCACACACAGGAGAGAGACCGUAUAAAUGUGCUGAGUGUGAAAAGAGUUUUACAUGCUCAGGAAGUCUCAAGCUACACCAACGAUUACACACUGGAGAGAAACCGUAUAAAUGUGCCGAAUGUGGAAAGAGAUUCAUUCAGUUAGGGCACCUUGAAAGUCACCAGCGAUCACACACCAGGGAGAGACCAUAUAAAUGUGCUGAUUGUAGAAAGAGCUUCAAAACAUCAAGUGAGCUCAAGGUACACCAGCGAUCGCACAGAGGUGAGAGACAGUAUAAAUGUGCCAAAUGUGGAAAGAGUUUUGCAUGUUUACAGAACCUCAAGGUACACCAGCGAUCACACAUGGGAGGGGUCAUAUAAAUGUGCCGAAUAUUGAGAUUCACUCAGUCAGGACAACCCCAAAGUCACCAGUGAUUGCACACAGGAGAGAGACCUGACUUCACCCAAGUUCCAAGCUCAGUUAGAAUGCACUUGCCUCUGAUUCAGAAGGUUUAAGCUCUUCAACCAGGCUUGUAACUCUUACAGUCUAAGUUGCUGCUCCAAUGCUAGGGGGACUCUGCAUUGUUGAAGGUACUGUCCUUUGGAUGAGGCAUUUAACCAAA